AUUAAAAAGAAUAAAAAGGUCUUAUUUGAUCUAUGAACAUCGUCGACAUGGAGAAUCAAAUAGUGAUGAAAGAACGAUAGUAGAUGCAAUUGGAGGAGAUCAGAUCAAUUUUGGAUCAAAAAUUGAAACCGCAAAGACCUUUGAUAAUUCAACAGAUUGAUAAGGAUCAAAUAUUCACCAACCCCACAGAUAAUACCUAUCUUCAGUAUCUGCGAAAACCACAGAAAAUAUAGAAUAAUCAAGAUCUCUGUAUUAGCAAAGGGUAGUUGAAGAUACAAGAGAACGGGUAAUAGGUGGAGAUGUACGAAUUGAGGAAUCUUACUUUUGUUUAGUAAUUAAAGAAGAAUCGAUUGCACCUAGUAUUCCAAGGCUCUUAGAGUACUUACUUAUAAUUUGAAACGUAAAGAAAGCAACUAAAAUUCUUUGAAUCCUUGAACUUCGCGAUAGAGAAUAAAUUAUUUAAGUGA